GACGAGCGCCCCGGGACACCACUGCGCGAGCUGGGAGGGGCCAGGCAGGAAGUAGCCAAGAUUUGGGGGACUCCUUCCCAGGGAGCAAAUAAGAGAAAGACGCACGUGAAGAGAAAGCCGCCGCCACCUCCCUCCCACGUGAAAGCCCGAGCGGCCGCCCCGCGUCCACUGCGCUCCCGGGGGAGCAGAGCCCGGAGCGAGGCAGGUGCGGCGGGAGCAUGCGCGCGGGGCCGGCAGGGGAGGCUCCCGCGCCCCCACCCGGCGCGUGCACCCUCGCGCCCCUCCCGCCCGGCACCGCGGGGCCAGCGGCGCCGCAGCCUGGGCCGGCCAAGCCUCGCCGCUCCGGCUCGCGCCCCGCCGGUCUGUCGCCGAGUCGGCGUUGCGGGCGGCCCGGCUCUGCUGGGAUUUCUAUGCUAUUCCUUGUAUGACAAAAGCCCUCUCACCAAGAAUACUUUUGCCUUGACACUUGUGGACAGUCAGACCAUAAAAACACUGCUAAGAAGUGCUCAAGUGGCAAUGAAACAGCCCAACAGAAAGAGGAAGCUUAGUAUGGAUUCCAAAGAGCAUUUGAAUCAGGAUGGAUGCUUGGAGCAAGCUGAGGAAGAUAAGAAGCCCAGAGAUGGUGCCACCCCAUUGAGUCACGUCCCUUCAGUGGCUGCACAGGAAGCAUGGUCGUGGGAGCAGUACUUGACAGAACAGAAGGCUAUAGCUGCACCUGUUGAACUGUUUUCCAAGGACCAAUCCUUUCCGGAGCAUGAAAAUGGUUUUCAGGUUGGAAUGAGAUUAGAAGGCAUUGACCCCCGACAUCCAUCUGUAUUCUGUGUGCUUUCUGUAGCUGAGGUGUGUGGUUACCGCCUCAGACUUCACUUUGAUGGUUAUUUAAGCUGCUAUGAUUUUUGGACCAAUGCCGGUUCCCCUGACAUUCAUCCAGUAGGGUGGUGUGAGAAGACCAAACACGAAUUGCACAUCCCUAAGGGUUAUAGAAAAGAUAAAUUUGUUUGGAUGGAUUACUUGAAGGCCUGCAAAUUGCAAAAUGCUCCCAAGAAAUUAUUCAGAAACAGAAGUUCUAAUGGGCCAAUGCCUAAAGAAUUUCAGGUUGGAAUGAAGCUGGAGGCCGUCGACAGGAAGAACCCUUCCUUGGUGUGUGUGGCAACCAUAGCAGAUAUUGUUGAAGAUCGCUUACUAGUGCAUUUUGACAAUUGGGAUGAUAGUUACGAUUACUGGUGUGAUGUAAAUAGCCCUUAUGUUCAGCCAGUUGGUUGGUGUCAGGAGAAUGGAAGAACUCUGAUAGCACCCCAAGGUUAUCCUGAUCCAGAAAAUUUUUCCUGGACAGAGUAUCUGGAAGCUACUCAAACAAAUGCUGUUCCUGCCAAAGUUUUUAAAAUGCGGACACCCCACGGUUUUCUGCCAAGCAUGAGACUUGAAGCGGUGGACAGAAGGAACCCCAGGCUCAUUCGCGUGGCUACAGUCAUCGAUGUGGAUGACCAACGGGUAAAGGUUCAUUUCGAUGGCUGGGACCACAAAUAUGACUACUGGAUGGAUGCAGACAGCCCUGACAUUCACCCAAUUGGAUGGUGUGAUAUAACAGGGCAUCCACUGGAAAUCCCAUAUCGAGCAAAUGAUGUGAAAAUCCUUCCAGGGCAAGCUGUUUGUCCUACACCAGGGUGCCGAGGAAUAGGCCAUAUCCGUGGUCCACGGUAUUCAGGACAUCACAGUGCUUUUGGCUGCCCGUAUUCAGACAUGAACCUGAAAAAGGAGGCAACUCUUCAUGAUCGUCUGAGAGAACAAACACAGGCAAAUUUGGAACCCGACUCUUCACAUUCGAAACCGAAGAACAUCUGUGGCUUGAACUUCAAUGGAAAACAUGAAAUGGUGAACAGUCAGCCCAGACUUGUACAGCAGGCAAAGUGUUUGAAAAUCAAAGGAAAAGAAGAUAUUGACUUGGAUAAUCUCUUCAGAGGAGGGGAUAGUGGAAAGAGCUUGACGAGACAAGAAGAGAUUUGUGUUCUAGUCCCAACCCUACAGACAAGCAGGCACCAAGCUCAGCUCCCAGCCGAACGACUCCUGAUUCCAUCUCAGCCACAAAGAGAGGAGGAAUCUUUUCCGAAGAAAAUGGAAGGCGGUGAAGUUACUUUGGUUUCAUUGUGCAUCUACACUUUGCUCCCUAACCAGAAGCAUUUCUGGGUAAUAUCAUCAGAUCUGAACAUUGCCUUAAAUAAAAUAAAUGACUGAUAUUUUAGAAACUGCUCCAUACAAAUGUUCUAAUCCAUCUUACAGAGCCUCCGUUCUGUAAACAACAUGUGUUUUGGAGCUGUAUAAGGAGCUCUUAAAAAGUGUCAGUGUUUUAAUUCAUAUUUUGACACUUUUGAAAAUAUCUCCACAGAGUAAUUAUGUAUAUGUUCCUGUUAAAACAGAUACACAGUCAAUUUUGUAAUUCACAUAGUAAAAGUAGUAAUGAGGAUCAUCCUUAUAAAAAUAGAAAAUAUCACUAGCAAAAUACAUUUGCAUAAUGUGAAAGAUGAAAUCUCUUCUAACUUAUUCACUGUGUACUUAUUCUUUCCUGCAUCACUUUUAAAAGGUUUAUAAUGCCGACCUUAAAAAUAAAACAACGGGAUGCCUGGGUGGCUCAGUUGGUUAAGCAGCUGCCUUCAGCUCAGGUCAUGAUCCCAGAGUCCUGGGAUCGAGUCCCACAUCGGGCUCCUUGCUUGGCAGGGAGCCUGCUUCUCCCUCUGCCUCUGCCUGCCAUUCUGUCUGCCUGUGCUCGCUCUCUCCCCCUCUCUCUCUCUGAUAAAUAAAUAAAAUAUUUAAAAAUAAAUAAAUAAAUAAAACAACCAGUUAUUUUACCAGCAAAAUGAGUUUACUUAGGUAGGAAUAGCAAGAAUUGUAAUUAGGGACAAGCCAUCUCUGGUAAAAGCAUGGGCAAAUCCAGAGAACAAAAGAGAGGAACAUUGCUUUAUAGAGAAAAAAGAGGAAUUUGCUCUGGACGAAAGUUGUUGCAGAGAAGGGAGAGUUCAGGGUGUGAUUGUGACAUUAAACAAUUAUUUACUAUUUUGCUUUUAUUUUUUGCAAGCCUAUAAAUCUGAGCAUAAAUUCUAAGUUCUUACGCUUAUUAUUGUUCUGGGUAUAGAUAUGAAUAAACUCCUUAAUUCAUCAGAGUACUCUUUUAAAAAGGAAAAUGGGCUAAAAUGUGUUCUCCAUUUCUCCUAUGAGGGGAAAUGCUGUACUUCUGAUAUUUAAAGAUUGUGUGUACGUGUGUACACAUGCAUGUGCAGCUUGUGUUUUUCAUAUCUUGGGUUUGUUUUCAGUUUUUACUUGGAAACAUCUUUAUUUCCUAAAUGAUUUUAUUCACAAUUUGAUUCCUGGCAGAUAUAAAAUUUAAAAACCUACCCAUAAUUUUCAAGAAUACUUCUUAGACAUACGAUUGUCUUUCUUUCACCAUA